AUGCAACGAAUGCAACCUCAAUGCAACAAAUUUGACAUCCGAAUUCACUCAGUUUCCCAUGACCCUACAGUAAUCGUGCAAAGCACUUUUGGCCCUGUGGAGGUCGGUUCUUUCACCGAUGAGCACGGGGACACUGUGCCAGUAGCCGUAAAGUAUGGCACAGGUCUCUUUGCCACCAGGGCACCACAGGAAGUGGUGAGAAUUUUUCGCUCGGAGCUGGAAAUCCUGCACAAAGUCCCUACACACCCACACAUAGUUUGCUGCUAUGGUGGCCGGGUGGAUUUCAAAGAGGGAGACCACAUUGACGCCCGCGAUGUAUAUAUUGUUCAAGAAUUGAUGCAUAACACUUUGGAGGCCAUCAUUCAUGGAGACCAGUUUGAUGGAAAUAUCCCCUGUAAUUUGAUUAUCAAGCUUGCACUGGACAUCGCAAGUGGGCUUGAGCACCUGCAAGAGUACUCUGUGAUGCAUUACAACUUGAACACUGCAAACAUCUACUUGGAUGAUAGCUUGCGCAAUGCCAAGAUCUCAGACUUCGGUGCCUCGCAAGUGAAUGUUGAGAGCUGCAUCACAGAUGCCUUGGGGGGGAAGGCUGGAUGCCUUGGUUCGGAAGUGCUCCGGAAGUUCAUUGCUCCAGAAGUGCUGCUGUCCUAUAUAACAAAACGUUACAUGAUCAACGAGAAGAGUUGUGUGUACUCCCUGGGAGUCGUGCUCUGGGAGAUGUUGCAAGGGAAGCUUGAUGAUCAGGCCAUGGAACAGCUGGGAUCUGCUGAGUCAUCUGGGGUCCAAGGAUUCUCCAUUACAAGGCCAUGCCCUGAAUGUUUGGUGCAGCUUGUGCAUGAUUGUGUGAGCAUGGAUGUAAGCACACGACCAGCAGUGCACGAGGUUCGCAAGAAGCUGCAGGACAUGACCUUCCUAGCGCAGUGGAUUGUUGACAAGGUGGAAGUUGAUUUUUCUGAUGGCCCACCAGGGGUGACCCAAGUGGGGUCAGUUGGGGUGACCCGAGUGACAAAGGCUGCCACACUCACAGACAGCGUUGAUGAUGAAUUCCAAGAAGAUGUGCGGGGUCUCAAUUACGACAUUCGAAUUCACCCUGUUUCCAACACGCCAACUAUCAUCAGACAGGAUACAUUUGGCACUGUGGAGCUCGGCUCAUUCACUGAUGAACAAGGGGAGAUCGUGCAAGUGGCCGUGAGGUAUUUCACAGAUCUCUUCAACACAAAAACAGCACGGGAAGUCGCGGAAAUCUGUCGCUCGGAGCUCAAAAUCUCUCAAAGGCUUCCCAUGCACCCCAACAUUGUCUGCUGCUAUGGUGGCCGAGUGGAUUUCAAAGAGGACAAGUGCAUCGGCGAUCGGGAUGUCUACAUUGUUGAGGAAUUGAUGCGUUCGAGCCUGCGUGAGAUGAUUUAUGGAGACCUCUUUGACGGAAAAAUCCCCAUCAAGUUGAUUCUUAAGUUUGCCUUGGACAUUGCAAGUGGGCUUGAGCACCUGCACAAGUGCUCUGUGAUCCACUAUGACCUGAAGCCCGCCAACAUCCUUGUGGGUAAUAAGUUGGAGGUUGCCAAGAUAUCAGACUUUGGUAUCUCCAAGGUGAAGACUGGGAGUUACAUCACAGGCAGCAUGCAUGGAACCUUUGGAUACAUGGCUCCGGAAGUUAUGGUCUCAAACUUUAUCAAUGUGGAUAUAAAUGAGAAGAUUGACAUAUAUGGCCUCGGAGUGAUAAUCUGGGAGAUGAUCGAAGCCAAGCCACCAUACGAUCUAUUGGACAAUGGAUCAGGGUCGACAGGGAAAUCCAGCGCGAUAGAGGAACGAUUCACCAUAUCUAGGCCAUGCCCGGAACCUUUGAAGCAGUUGGUGUUUGAUUGUGUGAGCUUGAGCAGUGACGACCGGCCCACGGCUCAGGAGGCUCGCCAGUGGCUGCAGGAAAUGUCGGACACACACACAUGA